CGCCAGACUUUGUGAAUAAAGUUGAAUUUAAAUAAAAAAACAGUUGCACUGGCAAAUUAUGGCACUUCAACAACUCCAAGUAAGUCUGACUAAUUAAGGUUGUAAUUUUUAAACCGUCACAGCUUUAUCGCAGUUAAUAAACACAAUAAUUCAGUUUUAUUGGAUGUGAAGGGAUUUGCCUGCUUGGAACAUCGGUGUUUAUUUAUUUAUUUAAUAUUUAUUUAUUGACAGUGACAUUGAUGCUGUGACACUAACCACGCACAGGUGCUGAUGUUAAAUGUUUAUAGCGAAGUGCUAAUUUGCUACACCUGUCCGCCGGACUCUAAUUAUAACAUUAAAAUCUGUUAAACAUAUCUCUAUGGUCUCCUUUGUUUUUUAAAAUCCAGUUAAAUUACAAAACUGUUCGGUGUUUGGUCAGCCGUUCCCCUUUUGUCUGUGGCACUAAUCACCCUCCAUAUCUUCCAGGAAACAGCAACAUCCAGUGUAUGCAUCAUGCACCGACUCCAGAGGCGUGGAUUCCCAGCAGCACUGUAGCCUUCUUCUUCAGGAUAAAUAGACUCUUUGCCUUUAACUCGACUGUACCCCACUGUGCAGAGAAAUGUAGUGUUAGCCUUCUGUUUUGUGGGCGCAUAAAAAGAUGUGCCGUCUCGUUGUUUCUAAUAAUAGCCAAUCUUAUUUUUACCACACCGACGCCUUAUUGCAUUAUGGAUGCCUCUGGAAUGGUGUCCCUGCAAGAUAGCGUGGGAAUCUUUCAGUAGAGGCUGUGGCUUUGUAUCUCAGGGCUAAAUGCUCCAGCUUCGCCUUUCUAGCUGCAGGAGCCUCUCAUUUAUUGUUAGCUGUGUCUGUGUCAUGGCUGUAGCGUAGCUUUCCUUUCUCCUCUGCAUGCAUCCACAGGAGCGCUAUGCGGGAGUAUAAGGUGGUGGUGCUCGGCAGCGGCGGGGUGGGGAAGUCCGCCCUCACGGUCCAGUUUGUCACCGGGACAUUCAUAGAGAAGUACGACCCGACCAUUGAAGAUUUCUACAGGAAGGAGAUCGAGGUGGACUCCUCGCCGUCCGUGCUGGAGAUCCUGGACACAGCCGGGACCGAGCAGUUCGCCUCAAUGAGGGACCUUUACAUCAGGAACGGCCAGGGCUUCAUCCUGGUCUACAGUCUGGUCAACCAGCAAAGUUUUCAGGACAUAAAGCCCAUGAGGGACCAGAUCAUCAGGGUGAAACGGAUGUCCCUGAGGUAUCAGCAGGUGCCCGUGGUGCUGGUGGGGAACAAGGUGGACCUGGAAGACGAGCGGGAAGUGUCCCCGAGCGAGGGCCAGGCGCUGGCAGAGGACUGGGGCUGCCCGUUUAUGGAGACGUCGGCCAAGAGCAAGACGAUGGUGGACGAGCUGUUCGCAGAGAUCGUGCGGCAGAUGGACUUCUGCCCCCUGCCGGACCGGAGGGAGGCGUGCUGCCCCGCCUGCAGCGUGCAGUAGCAACCAAUGGUGUGAUAGCUGGGAGGGUGGAAGAGAAUCGAGUAAAAUAGAUGAAGGUAGAAGGGAAAAUCCGCUCUUUCUUAAACUGUUUUUAACUGCUUUCUGUCUUGCAAGGCUUUUCGAUCACAGGUGGGAUUUUCUUUGACAGAAACACUCGACCUCCCACUUUCAUCGCCAACUUUUUGAAUGAUAGGAGCAAAUUUACAAGGUUUCCCAAAGGCAGCACGGUGCCAAAACCAUCUUUAAAAGCCAUCGACGGAGAGGAUCUUUGUGCUCAUGGGAAACCAGCCAUAGAUCCAUGCAGGGAUGGCAGUGAACUGAACAAUUUUAUUGUCUCUUUUUGCACUUUUUGGACUUUAAAACAGUGCAAGACCAAUCACGUAGUAUCAGAACGGAUGUCAAGCAACCCCACUGUGAAGGAGUGGAACCAGGACUUAAUGUCACAGCAGGCCCGCCUAAGUCUGAAUGAAUGAAAAAGAUGUACGAAUGUUUCAAAAAGAACCUGCACCUUUGGGGAAAUUCCUCCCAAAUGUUGAAAAACUCCGGCUGCAUGAAGUCGUACUGUCACACUGACAUGGAGUACAAUCAAUCACACCCAAAGAGACCGCAUCAGUGAACCAAUCAGCCGAUCAAUCAGUCAUUUAAAAAUGUGCAGACACUCGUCUUUACACUUUACAGAUGAUACAAAUGCCUUGUUACAUUGUAUGAAGUGAACAUCAGUGUCAGUGUGUAGCUCAUUUAUGGUAAAUCACACAAGAUAUGUAAGUGGUGCAAUGUCAGAAUCACUUAUUUUCAACAAAAAAUA